UCACUGGUGAGGGAGGAAGAUUAACUGAACCUCCCCUUUAUACCCUCUAGUUAUUCUAGCGACACGAACUCAACUCCAGGUGACAACAUUCAUAGAGACGAUAAACCUCAUCACCUCAUAUGCACCUUCACAACAAUUACCAUCUCCUGACAGCAAACCCGCCGGUCCCAUAUCAGCCCUCUGCAUUCGCCUCCCUUCGAGCUCCCUUCUCAAACCUGUCUUCUCCAAGUUCCAAGAUUCACCUUCUUGAACAAGAUUCAAGAACAUGUCUGAAGCCUGGGUUUCUCGAUUGACAUCGGAUAUAGGGUGGCUCAAUAGCACAAAUGCCCUGAUGGCGGAGGCCUGGAGUCGUCAUUCAAUCUACGACGUACCAGACACAUUCAAAAGGAUUAGCCCACAGAUCCAUAAGCCAUCAACGUGCAGCAUUGGACCACGGUACAAUGGAGAUCUGAAUCUCCUUCGUAUGGAACGUCAUAAACACAGGGCGCUACUGAACUUCCUCAUCCGAUGUCAAGUGUCGAUCCAUGACAUCAUACGAGCCCUGAGGAAGAACCUGCACGAUUUCAGAGCCUGCUAUCAAGAUCUUGACACCUUUUGGAUGAAGAAUGAUGAUGAGUUCCUAAAAAUCAUGAUUUACGAUGGGGCUUUCAUGAUUGAAAUCAUGAUAGCGACCGUUGAACCAUAUGAGCGCACACCUUCUAGCUAUCAUGCCAAGGACCCAAUAUUCAAGAAGCCAUACUUGGUCGAAGAUCUUCGUGUAGAUAUGCUCAGGUUGGAUAAUCAAAUUCCAAUGAAGGUCCUGGAGAUAUUGUCUAAAUUCUGCAAGAACAAGAUCCAAAGCAUUCAUCAGCUGAUCAGACAUUUCUUCUUCCGCAAAUAUGAAGAGGGAAGAUAUGAUAUUAGCCAAACCUCUACGAUAUUUCACCUACCCGAGAUAACAGGGCAUCACCUACUGGAUGUGUACAAAAAAACUCUUAUACAGCAUGGAGGUUAUCAUCACACCAGCAGUCGCCAACCACUAUCGGCAGUUGAACUACAGGAGGCGGGCGUAAUUUUCCAGUGCAGUGAAACGCUGUCAUUGACAGAUAUAUGCUUCACCAAAGGUGUCCUUUGCCUACCUGCAGUCGACGUUGACGAAGCAUUUGAAGUUGUUAUGCGGAAUCUCAUUGCCUAUGAGCAAGCACAUGGCGAAGGUCAAGAGGUAACAUCCUAUGUGUUUUUUAUGGAUGGCAUUGUAAACAAUGACAAAGAUAUUGCCUUGCUUCGAGAGAAGGGUAUUAUCAGGUCGGGGGUAAGCAGUGAUAAGAGGAUAGCCGAUCUUUUUAAUGGACUGACAAAAGGUAUAGUUGCAAAAGUUGUCGACAAUGUUGAUGUUGAUGUAACCAAGGACAUCAAUGAGUAUUGCAAUAGAAGAUGGAACAGGUGGCAAGCCAACUUUAAGCAGAGAUACUUUGCGAAUCCAUGGGCCUUUCCCGGGAUUCAUAAAUGUUGAUCUCAACGGUAGGGUUUCGUGCUGGGGUUUGAGUAUCUGUGGAGCAUUUAGUGUGAGAAAACUGUGCUUAAUUUCGCUUCUCCACUAUGAGAGUGGAGGAGCACAACUAAUGGUAUCCAGUGUAAAUUUAACUCUUUGUUUGUGGCUUGAGAACAACAUGUUCUUUAUAUAGCCUUUGACAAUGUAAUAGAUAACAUCAACUUCUUUGAUACAUACUAGCGAUAUUAGCAUCCUAUCUUUUUCUUCUUCAUGUUAACAAUCCUAUAGCCUUUACACGGGUAAUAUAUCCUUGUGAUGUUUAA